AUGUAGCUGUCAAACAAUAAAGCAAAGCAGGAUAUUGAAAUGGAUGUGCUUGAUAAAGGCUUAAUUCAAUAAGUUUAUUAAGAAAAUCAGCAAAUUAUUAGUUAAACUGAAAAUUUGCUCGCUCAUCAACAAGCUAUACCGAAUUUCUAAUCUCCAACUCAAAUAAUUAGAAAUGUUGAGUGCAUGCAUAUUGAUAAGCAAUCUCUUAGGAUUAAUGAAUAGGAUCAUUAGGACACAACUGAAAAGUUAGCAGUCUCAAAAGGAGUAAAUGCUUAUAAAACUUAAAAUGAAGAAGAAAAACAACUUCUUGGCUAUAACAAGAUUAUAUCAAUAUCAUCACCUGAUCAGAGCAACUUAAAUGAAAGUAUAAGCUGCAAUCUCAAUGAUUCUUCAAUUCUCGUUCCAUUAAGGACUGAGUUCAAAAGAUUCUGCUAAAGAUAGCAAUCACCAAUGAAAUUUGCUUAAUCUACUCUAUAAAAGCCUUUAGCAGUCUUUACACUCCAUAUUUGA